GUGCUUUUCUCAGCAGCUCCUCACAGUCGUUUUGUCUCUGAUCUGGUGAUAAGUUUUGUCGUCGCUUCUAGAAGAAAAAUAAUCCUUUUGUGCGUUGUGUACUUUUCGCUCAAUUUUCCUCCCAAUUUCCCUGUUUGGAAAAUUUAAAACUACUUUCCGGUUGUGCUAAUAAGUGCGGUGAAUACUAUUUCGGUAGAAGUUUCGAAGCUAGUGCUACAAAUCGCGCGUUCCGCAAGCCAAAAACCGAAGCAAAGGCUCGUCUGUUCUCGGAUUUGACCGCGGUCAAGCAUCAGGAAUCCUGAUUUCGAAGGAAGAAAAUUUUCGCUGGUGAUUACAACAGCGCCGUCGUCGUAGCAAAAAACGGCUGCGAGUACUUUUCUUGUGAUCCCUGUUCCAAAAAUCCGGUCAAAAUUUGUAUCGUAAAGAUGGAUCUGUUGAAGAAAAUGAUGGGCCUGGAUGGCCACAAGGACGACGACGAGGACAAGAGGAAGAAAAAACCGGCCGUCAAAGACGAGUUCCGGAAGCCCAUAUGGGUAGAGGAGUACGACAGCGAUGACGAUCUGUUCGAUAACCAAAAAGUAUUUGGUGUUCAAAUCUUCACCAAUCCGUUGGAAAUUCAAAAACAUUUCGAGCACCAAAUCCAAGAGAUGAUGAAGAGCUUGGAGGAAUACGAUGAAACCGUAAAGCCGUUCGAUCGUGAUCUAAAGCAUGAUUUCCUCAAGCCCGGCUUUGAGGACGAGAUCAAGAAGGAGCUUCAGAAAGAGAAGCGUUUGGACACGGAUUUGGAUGGAGAAAUCUACCCGGAUCAGUUGCAUACUUUACUGCAACGUAUUUCCCCGGAACUCAAGGAGCUCUUGCCGAAGAGGAAACAGCCGGAGGCCAACGCCAUGCAACAACCGAAACUCAAGUUGACCGACGAACAAAAGAUAAUGGAUUGGAUCCAUGGUUACAAGGAGUCAGAACCGCAGGUCUCCGCUCCACGUCCGCGUCAUCCGCGUAAAAUUCCAUCCCAGCGCUAUCACGACGGAAUCUUCGAGGGUACAUUCCAAGGCCCAAGGAUGUUCGGUCAAAGCAUCAUCUCCCAAACGAUCCGCAAACCCGAUGGAACCUACGAAACGCGCAAAACGGUCCGUGACUCAGAAGGCCACACCAAGACAACCAUAACCCGUUCGACCAAGGAUGGGCAAAAGGAAACCAUUACAACGUAUGGCGAUGAAGGAGGGCCUACGUCGAAACCGUUCUUCGAGAAAGCAUCGCCGCAACCCGGUGGGAACGAGAAUUCGGUAGCCGCUGCUCUGCUUGGGGAGGAUCAAAGCUGCCGCAAGCAUCUCUUCUCCAAGAAUGGUUACGUUUUGCCAAAGAACCUCUGGUGACUUCAAGCGCAGACAAACCGUAAUGAGCUAACUACAAUACUAGUAGAUCAUCGGUUCAAUUUCCAUUUCUCUUACAAUAAUACUUACUUCCCUACCGUCGACGGAGUGGCCACAGGCCAUCUCCGAUCAUUGUCGUCGUUUAGUGAGCCAAAUAUGUGUGCAGUAGAAGUAGACGAAUUACACUCGAUUAGCGAGUGGAAUCAUCCUCGUAGAUUUAAUCAUCCUGGCAGUCAUUGCCACUAUGCUAUCCAAGCCUAUAUUAACACCGGUCAUGAUGAGAAUGAUGUAUCAGAGCAACAGACGGCAACAGUCUGGAGCAGCAGCAAUACCGAAUGUCCUGUCGUCUUAGUUUUAAAUUGGUUUAAUUUACUUUUAGCACUAGUAAUGAUUAGUUUAAGUAGUGUUCAAUUUAUGAUUUUAUGGUACAAGAGCAACAUCAGCGACUACCAGUUCGCUGAAAUAGCGAUGGCCACAGAGCAGCAACGGGUUGAACGAACCAGUAUUAUGAGCAAUGAGUGGCAACGAUUGGGACGGUUAUGAAAACUGGUUCAUCGUCGCCUGUUCAACAAUCGUUGUUACGCUGCACUGUGCGCUACGCCAGCCAGGAAACGUUUGUGUUUGUGAUAUUCUUUUACGUUAGACAGUUAUCGAUACGAUUUAUCGAAUAAUUUUGCUAUUGUUAGUCUUAGUUAUUUCAACAGCUGAUUGUUGUGGUUGGAUCCUCUCAGGGGUCGGUCGUGUACAUGAAGCAUAAGACUAAAUUUUCGGAAGUAAUCGCGCUAUAACACAAACGCACUUGCGCAAAUUAAACCACACAGGAGAAAAGUGAACAAACUGCAAGGUGAGUGCGUUUUUGUUGCGCGUUUUAGGUAGAUAUUUUUCCGGCGACUGAAAGAAAGAGUAAAUUAUAUAUAUUUUUUAUCAUGUAAGAAUUUUUAUUCAAUCGGUAAACACGAUUUUUUCAAGAACAGGAAGAGAGACAUUGAGGGAAACAGAUUGGAAGGCUCUAUACGCAUCCAUGAAAAAUAUAUUGUCAACUUAACAACCCAUAUGCAUACAAUUAUCUCUAUCAUAAUAGAUGGCUUUCCCUACAAACUUGAAGAACCGUCUUACAAAAUAAAUAUAUAAAACAUUAGGAUGCUAAUUAUCGGCAUUUCUCUCUUUGUGAAACUAAA